CUUCGUUUCCUGUCACUACUGUUUGCCUUGUAGCCAUACUAAGACCUUGAAAGGAGGGUGUCUUUGUCAAAUAACUUUACGAAAGGAAGCUUUUGCUUGAUUUCGUAUUUUAAUUGAAAAUAUAUAGCGUUUUCGUUCAUGCUUUAUUCAAUAGGCACAUUAAUUUAUUAAGAUGCUAGCUAUUCGAAUCCUGCUCUUUCUGUCCGCAGUCAUCUUUAUCAAUUCUAGGAGAUCUGCUAAAAGCAAACGAAUUAUUAUUCUCGUUUUGGGAAGAAUUGAUCAAAGUCCGCGUAUGCAAUAUCAUGCGCUGAGCUUUGCAAAACAAGGAUGGAAAGUCGAUUUAGUUGGGUACCAAGACAAGAAAGGACCAGGCUUGUUUCAGAAUCAUCCAAAUAUACAAAGCUAUGCUAUUCCAACUCUUCCUGGAAGCCUUACUUUUCGAUCGCGCUUAUCCUUCUUACUGGUUGCGCCGGUAAAAAUACUUCACCAAUUAUUGUCGAUCCUUUUUAUCUUAUUUAAAAUAAAGCAGGCAUCCUAUUUCCUUGUCCAAAAUCCUCCCUCAAUCCCUACAUUUUUAUUGGGACACGUCCUUUAUCUGUUACGCGGGACCCGCUUUGUCAUUGACUGGCAUAAUUUUGGAUAUACCAUUCUUGCCCUCAAAUUAGGAAAAGAGCACCCCUUUGUAAAGCUUUUGCGCAUAUAUGAGCGUGUACUUGCCAAAGGUGCCUUUCUUCAUAUAACUGUUUCCUAUAGCAUGCAGCAAGUAUUGUUGGAAUGGGGAAUUCGACCUUGUCAUGUUUGUUACGACCGUCCACCAGCUCACUUUCAGCCUGUACAAGAUGCAACUCGAAAGUCAAAUUUGCAUGUAAUUCCUGAAGAGUUUAACCCCGAAAAGGAAAAGCUUUUAGUUACUUCCACAUCUUGGACCCCUGAUGAGAAUAUUUAUGCCCUCUGGGAUGCUCUUAAAAUGUACAACGAAACACGAAACGCCGUACCUCUUCUCGUUCUCGUUACUGGUAAAGGGCCAGGAAAACCCGAUUUUGUAAAGCACCUGCAAAAGAAUCCUCUUGGCAAAGUUCGAUUUUGUUUGCCUUGGUUUAGUUCCGAAGACUAUCCUCGAGCCAUCGCAUGUGCAGAUUUUGGAGUUUCUCUUCACCAAAGUUCUAGCGGUCAUGACUUACCUAUGAAAGUGGUAGACUUAUUUGGCUGUGGUGUCCCCGUGGUUGCGUGGAAUUUUCCUGCUAUUUCUGAGCUGGUUCAUGAUCACAAAAACGGAUUUAUUGCUAAUGAUUCCAACGAGCUAUUCAAAAAAAUUGAGUUGCUUUGUUCUGACGAGCAUGUACUUCAAUCUGUACGACAAGGUGCUUUUGAAGAAUCUAAGAAUCGUUGGGAUGAUGAAUGGAACAAAAAGAUUCCUCGUUUGUUCACUAUAGACUCCUAAUAGUUCUCCAUCUACUAAUGAUACAAAAAAGCUUGUCCCAAUUCUUACUAUACAAAUUUAUUUAAUGUAAGCUUCCUUGUUUAUAUUUUCGGUGAAGUUCGGUGACUUAAACCUACAUUUACCGAGUUCGCCGAAGAACUUCCACCAAAUUUUCUUGAGGUGGGUACCAUCUUCGCGCCUUAAUUGCC